CCUGGAAAACCACUAUAAACCUUGUCUUUGGGAGGACGAGUUUCUUAAUGAAACACAGAACCACCAUCUCAGAAAAAAGAAAAUGGGCAAUCAUCACGCCAAAGAGAGAAGUCAUGAGGGUUUUCAUGCGGAUCGAGAUGCCAAAAAGCUGUACAAAGCCUGCAAAGGAAUGGGAACUGAUGAAGCAGCCAUCAUUGAAAUCCUAUCGAGCAGGACAUCGGACCAGAGACAACAAAUAAAGCAGAAGUAUAAGGCCAAGUAUGGCAAGGACCUGGAGGAGGUGCUCAAGAGUGAGCUGAGUGGAAACUUCGAGAAGGCAGCCUUGGCCCUCCUGGACCGCCCCAGCGAGUACACCGCCCGGCAGCUGCAGAAGGCCAUGAAGGGCUUAGGCACAGACGAAGCCGUGCUCAUCGAGGUCCUGUGCACGAGAACUAAUAAGGAAAUCAAAGCCAUCAAGGAGGCCUACCAGAGGUUAUUUGACAGGAACCUUGAAUCGGAUGUCAAAGGUGACACAAGUGGGAACCUAAGAAAGAUUCUGGUGUCCCUGCUACAGGCUGACCGGGAUGAAGGCUCCGAGGUGGACAAGGAGCUCGCCAGCCGGGACGCCAAGGAUCUGUACGACGCAGGGGAAGGCCGCUGGGGCACUGAGGAGCUCACCUUCACUGAAGUCCUGGCCCAAAGGAGCCAUGCACAGUUACGAGCCACCUUCCUGGCCUAUCAGCUGCUCAUUGGCAAAGACAUGGAAGAAGCCAUUGAAGAGGAAACAUCAGGAGACUUGCAAAAGGCCUACUUAACUCUUGUGCGAUGCGCCCGGGACCGAGAGGGCUACUUUGCUGACCGUCUGUACCAGGCCAUGAAGGGUGCGGGGACCGAUGAAGAGACGCUGAUUCGCAUCAUUGUCACCAGGGCUGAGGUGGACCUUCAAGGGAUAAAGGCCAGGUUCCAGGAGAAGUAUCAGAAGUCGCUCUCCGACAUGGUCAGCUCAGACACCUCCGGGGACUUCAAGAAACUGCUCGUGGCCCUGUUGCACUGAGCCCAGCCAGAGCAUGGGGGAAAGCACCUUGCGAAGAACACGUUCCAAAUCAAAUGUGCAAAUGCAAUGCCAGCACAAGAAACCCUUGGGCCUUGUUUCUUUUCCUGGCAGUGUAAGUGGUAUAGCAAAGCCAAGCUGUUUAAGUUUAAAGGCAGCAACCUCCAAUCGCUUGGGCAGGUUGCCUUGAACUCUGGCUUAGCAAGUGUCUGGGCUGACUUAACCUUCCUGCAGCAUAGUCACCAAAUGCUUCCUAAGCACAAAUAAAAUCAGCAGCUGAUGAAAACUA